UCAUUCUCUUUUUCUUCCUUCAGUUUUCUCUGAUUUCAUUUAUCAAGAUUGCUAAUUGAAGAAUACAAAAAAGUAGUACACGGCCCUCCAUUUAUUCCCUUUUUCUGUGGCCUAACCUUGUAUAUAAGCACACUCCCUGCAUGGCAUGGCUCAUUAAUUACUUCACCAUUCCACUCUUUGUCUCCAAAAUAUCCGAUUCUGAAGACCAUUACAAUUUUCUUAAGGUUACUUCGCUCCUAGUUUUUCAAUUCUCUUUCUUCUUUUAACUUUUGCAUAUGCUCUAAUUUCUAUAUAUCCCUUCAUGGCCUUGAAGGCACCUUCAUAUGAAUGCUAGCUAGCUCUCGAGUUCCUUUUCACCUAGCUAGCUUAGGGUAUAUAAACCCCACACAAGCUAUCUAUAAUUUCUGAACCUUUCUUCUUAAUUAGCUUCUUAUUUUCGACUUUUAUUUUGGAAAGCAUGGAGAAGCACACAUUUUUUUUCACGCACAGUCCUGUUUAUUUUAGUCUUUGAAUUGAACAAGUUGACAUAUAAAAACAAAAAACAAACAGGACAUGGAGAUAAAAGAAGCGUGCGGAAAUUAUUUUCUUUAAUUUAUAUUUUGUCAAUAAUUCGGUGAACUUUAGUUUAGUAUGAGCAACUUACUUUUGAUACUAAACUUAGAUGGGUCUCAUUUUUAUUAGGGUUUCAAACUCUAAACUAGCUUACUUCUACUCAUGCCUUAUCUACCCUAAUUAUUGGGCUAAACCUAGUGUGGCUUGUCUGAAAUUAGUUUCACAUAGCCUCCUCUCUAGCUUACUAACUUCCACGAAUAGAAAAAUAAAAGGCCAAAACAUGAGCCGACCAGGAGAUUGGAACUGCAGGUCAUGCCAGCACCUCAACUUCCAGAGGCGUGACUCAUGCCAACGUUGUGGAGAUGCCAAGUCCGGCGUAGACUUCGGGGGCUUCGGUGGAAGAGGAGGAGGAUCCUCGUCUGGGUUCAUGACUACCGGUUCAGAUGUUCGACCUGGUGACUGGUACUGCGCUGCUGGCAACUGUGGAGCCCACAAUUUUGCAAGCCGUUCCAGCUGCUUCAAAUGUGGUACUUUCAAGGAUGAUUCUGCCGCUGGCGGUGGUUGUGGAUUUGACUCUGACCUGCCACGCUCCCGGGGUUUUGGGUUAGGACUUGGAGGUGGUGGUGGCAUUGGCGGAGCAGGUGGUGGCGGCAUUGGCGGAACAGGUGGUGGUCGACCUGGAUGGAAAUCUGGAGAUUGGAUUUGUACCAGGUUGGGGUGCAACGAGCACAACUUUGCUAGCAGAAUGGAAUGCUUUAGAUGCAAUGCCCCAAGAGACUCAUACUAGCUAGCUGUCUUAUCCAAUUUUGGGCAUAUUUUCUAAUGAGCAAGAGAGAUGAUAUAUGAUCGUCACCAGUUUUUUUGCCAUUGUUUCUGAGGUUCUAGCUAGGGUUUUACAUAUAUGCAUGGCAUUCUGUUAGCCAGGAUUUCCCAUAAAAAUUAAAUCAAUGUACUUUGGUGCUUCUCUUUAAUUUAUCCAUUGCUGUCAUUUGUUACGUUUAUUUCAUCUACUGUACUAUUCCUGGUUUCUGAAUGAAUGAAUGAUAUGAUUCCUUGUUUUUUUU